UAAAGCUUAAUACUUGAGCAGAGUGGAUACGACUGCUCUUAAACAAAUGAGUCUUUGGAUUGAAACAGCCUGCCUUCUUUUUUCUUGCCUGCCUGUAAACAAGACUCACCUGUGCUGCAAGCUUCAUUAUGGUCAAGAUUUAGAGAACAACAUUUUGUUUAAUUUUAGAAAUAUUUCAUUUUUCUUGAGGACGAUGAACAAAUAGUAAAUACGUUAAACAGAUUAUAUAAAUCCGAUACUUUGAUAAAGGCUGCUGUCAUCAUGUCAGCACACAUGAAUGAAGAGACUCCACUGCUGAAGAGAAGACUAACAUCAUCUGAAUCCCAGAUCAAAAACUCCAAACUGUUCCUGGCCGUUUUCUCGGCCGUCCUGGGGAACUUCAGCUUCGGUUACUCCCUGGUCUUCUCGUCCCCCGUGCUGCCACAGCUCAAGAGUCCCGAUGCUGACCCUCGGCUCAGGAUGGACACAGAGAAGGCCGCGUGGUUCGGCUCAAUCUAUUCACUGGGUGCAGCGGCCGGAGGGCUGGGAGCAAUGCUGCUCAACGACAUGGUUGGGCGCAAGCUGAGCAUCAUGAUGUCAGCAGUGCCAUCGACUAUUGGAUACAUGCUUAUGGGAGGGGCUGUGGACUUGUGGAUGCUCCUUGUUGGUCGCUUCCUUACAGGUGUCGCCGGUGGGAUGACAGCGGCAUCCAUUCCUGUUUACAUCUCAGAGAUCUCCCACAAAGGAGUGAGAGGAGCUCUGGGCUCCUGCCCUCAGGUCACUGCUGUGUUUGGGACCCUGGCGCUCUACGCCCUGAGUCUGGUGGUUCCGUGGCGGUGGCUGGCAAUAGCCGGGGAGGUUCCAGCUCUGUUUAUGGUUGUGCUGCUUGUGUUCAUGCCCUCCUCUCCCAGGAGGCUCCUCUCCUUGGGGCGAGAGCAGCAGGCUGAGAGAGCCCUCCGCUGGCUGAGGGGGAGUCACUACGACACACAAAUCGAGCUCAGUGCCAUACAACACAGCAUCAACACACAGAGUAGAGUCACAUGGUCCCAGCUUGCCACACCCGUUUACUACCGGCCAAUCAUUAUCUCAGUGGUGAUGCGUUUCCUGCAGCAAAUGACGGGCGUCACGCCCAUUCUGGUCUACAUGGAGCCCAUCUUUGCCAAGAGCAAAGUUUCCCUGGCGCCUAAGUAUGAUGCUGCCAUUGUAGGUGCCGUCCGCCUCUUUUCUGUUGCCGUGGCAGCCAGUCUGAUGGACAAGGCUGGGCGCAAAGCCCUGCUGUACACGUCAAGCAUGCUGAUGUUCCUGUCCACUCUGACUCUGACCAUGAUCUCCCACACCACGCCUUGCCCUCCAGGCCCCUCUCCUCCAAACCUCACAAUGAGUUUGAACUACAGCCCCCAUAAUGACAUCGGAAACUCUUUAGAGGCCAGUUCAGCAGGCCUCAUUCCCCUCAUCAGCACCAUGGUGUUUAUAUUUGGAUACGCCAUGGGAUGGGGCCCAAUCACAUGGCUGCUGAUGUCAGAGGUGUUGCCGCUGGUUGCCAGGGGCGUGGCUUCAGGUCUGUGUGUUACUGUCAGCUGGUUAACAGCCUUCAUGCUCACCCACGCCUUCACACACCUUGUGGACAAUUACGGCCUGUACGUGCCGUACCUGUGUUUCACAGUGGUUUGUGUCGUCUGCCUGCUGUUCAACGCCGUGUGCAUCCCAGAGACUCGCGGCCGCUCGCUGGAGGAAAUAGAGAACUAUUUCAGGACAGGCCGUACAUUCACCAUCAGACGGAGUCAAUCCACUGCACAGUCCGGCUGAGACUCAUAGAUCCCUUUGGUCAAAAAUGAGUCGUUCACAUGAUGUGGCUCGAAAGACGGGCUACUGUAAAGAGAUAUGUUCAAAUUAACAUGUAUCUACCACAAUAAUUCCUGAGCAUAGACUGACCACUGUAGGUCAAAGAUCACCAAGGCUGAGUUCAACAGACUAAAAUCAAUCACCAUUAUGUCAAGAUGCACGUCACUGUUUUUACAUCUAAAUAAUAAACAUGUUACAACAAUAAGAUUGUUAUUUGUAAAUGUACAAGUUUCCUUUCUUACAUUCCAACACAAUAAUAAUAACAUUUGAUAAGUAUAAUAUUAAAUAAUACUUAUCCAGCCUAUGGUGAGAUCAUUUACCUUUGCUGCUUUAACACACACAAACAUGGCAGCAACAACUGUUUCAGAGUAUUUUACAGGUGACACACUAGUGAAACUAAUGUAACAGUGUUUUUAAAGUAUUAACAAGAUCAAGUUUAAUCACAGCCUUAGUUCACUGGUAAGUGGGCAUGGUGAAAACACAUGAACUCUGAUAUGUCUUCUUGUAAAUAAAAUGGUGGACUCAUUGC